GUAAGCUCAAAUAAUAUGAUGUGAAUUUGAUUGGUUUGCUCAACACUCUUAAAAAAAAUUUAUAAAAAGGCUGGAAAAACCUGGAAAAUCAAGGAAUUUCAUUUGCAGGAAUGUGUCGACACCCUGGAAAGCGCUAACUCUAAAAAAAUCAAGUUUAGUAGGACAGCACUGGCAAUGUCAAGACCGGGCUUGAGAACGGCUCAAAUAACUUGUGCAGCGUACCGCACAACUAUCAACUAUAUGUAUACUUCGCUGAAAUGCUAAUGCGAUGCACCCACAAUGUAUCUACAGAGAACACUCCCAGUCGAUGAAAAGUCUAGAUAUUAUUUUAAUGUAUUUUUAUUACAUUCAAGUUCGUUGUAAUCGCCAUAUGACAUGCGAGAAAAAUAGUUUCGUCCGCACGCUCCAAGGCAACCUUAUUCAUUUUCAGUGCACCUCGAAAUGGCAUAUUCUUUCCUUGAAAACACGGAAUUGCUCAGAACCGCUUGGGCUCCAACACGCACUGUUAUUAUAAAUGGUUUAAUAAAUUAUGCUCUCUAAAAAAUACAAUAUCAAAUAUGUCGACAGCUGGUAUGUUUCUUCCAAGCCAAGCAACUGUACAAUUUGGAUUAUUGGUGAACCAAUAUGUUAUUAGUGAUUCGUUCAAUCAACCUGGUAUAUAUCCUUCAAACUGUUAAUAUAAAUAUAAUUGUUUAGCAAAAAAUUUAGCCAGUUCCAACGUGAAGCAAUCAACCUAGGCUAGUAUACUCAUAUACAUGGCGGAGUAAUUCAGUAAUUCAUACACCUACACUACACUUGUUUAUUUUUCCAACAAUGCAACGUUCCAUGUGGCGCAAAAAAACCGCACUCAAUCGCAGUGUGUCAUGAAAUAAAAUUGUAUCCUUGACUGCCGAUAGAAAAUUGAAAAUUUUCACAUUGAUUUUCACCACCGACCAACGCGGACACGGUUGUACUUUUCUCCUCCCAGUAGGAACUGAACGAGCAGCGAAAUUUUCGCCGGAAGUCUGAAGAUCGGAAGGUUAGAAGAUGCGUGAAAUAGUUCACAUUCAAGCCGGCCAGUGCGGCAAUCAGAUUGGAGCAAAAUUUUGGGAAGUAAUAUCCGACGAACAUGGUAUAGAUGCCACCGGUGCCUAUUGCGGGGAUAGUGAUUUACAACUGGAACGGAUUAACGUAUACUACAACGAGGCAACCGGCGGAAAGUAUGUUCCUCGUGCUGUACUGGUUGACCUAGAACCGGGCACUAUGGAUUCCGUAAGGGCUGGCCCAUUCGGGCAACUGUUUCGACCGGAUAAUUUCGUUUUUGGACAGUCUGGAGCAGGAAACAACUGGGCCAAGGGACACUAUACAGAAGGCGCUGAGCUAGUGGACUCGGUACUAGAUGUGGUCCGUAAGGAAUCUGAAGGUUGCGAUUGCCUUCAGGGAUUCCAACUUACACACUCGCUGGGUGGUGGCACUGGUUCUGGAAUGGGAACGCUUCUGAUCUCGAAGAUUCGAGAGGAGUACCCAGACCGCAUCAUGAACACAUUUUCGGUUGUUCCUUCACCCAAAGUUUCCGACACGGUUGUUGAGCCGUACAACGCUACCCUCAGCGUGCACCAGCUGGUAGAAAAUACAGACGAAUCAUACUGCAUUGACAACGAAGCCUUGUACGAUAUCUGCUUUCGAACGCUGAAGCUGACCACACCAACAUACGGAGAUUUGAACCAUUUGGUUUCAGCUACCAUGUCCGGCGUUACCACGUGCCUUCGCUUCCCCGGGCAGCUAAACGCUGAUCUUCGGAAACUGGCCGUAAACAUGGUUCCCUUUCCCCGAUUACAUUUCUUCAUGACUGGAUUCGCGCCACUGACAUCUCGAGGGUCCCAACAGUAUCGAGCUCUCACCGUCCCCGAGCUAACUCAGCAGAUGUUCGACGCAAAGAACAUGAUGGCGGCAUGUGAUCCACGACACGGACGUUAUCUCACAGUUGCAGCGAUUUUCCGCGGUCGCAUGUCGAUGAAGGAAGUCGACGAACAAAUGCUAAACGUUCAAAGCAAAAACAGUAGCUACUUUGUAGAGUGGAUUCCAAACAACGUUAAAACGGCGGUAUGUGACAUUCCGCCACGUGGACUGAAGAUGUCAUCGACAUUCAUCGGUAACUCGACGGCGAUUCAGGAGAUUUUCAAGCGAAUCGCCGAACAGUUUACAGCAAUGUUUCGAAGGAAGGCUUUCCUGCACUGGUACACCGGCGAGGGAAUGGAUGAGAUGGAGUUCACGGAAGCGGAAAGCAACAUGAAUGAUUUGGUUUCAGAGUAUCAGCAGUAUCAGGAGGCAACGGCUGACGAAGAAGGAGAGUUUGACGAGGAAGAAGAAGGUGGUGACGAGUGAAAUGGUUGAAAUUGUCCGUUUUUUCUUGUAAUAUGAGUUGAAAAUAAUUGUUACGCGCUUAAAUAGAAUUUGGUUACUUUCAAA